AAAAGGUGAGUCAUGUUUUUCAGUAAAUUUAAUGUGAAUUAAUCAUAUCUGGAUGAUUGUCGAGUAGUUUAACUUUCUGAACUGCUGCUUCGGUUUUUCGUACCAGAUUUUUCUUGGCCUCAGGUCAGCAUGAGUUCUGAGCGACAGAUCAAGCUGACAGAGAAGGGGCUCCUUCAUGAAUCUAAGGAGAAUGCCAUUAGCAUCAGGGGUGUACUGAACUCCUACUGUAUGCAGAUUAUGACUCGGCUUUGCUUCGUGGAUCGAGUCGAUCCUGGAGCUGUGCGGGUUAGAUCGCAGAAGGGUGAUAUGACCCUAGGCAAGAUUACUGCAGCAUGCGCGAAGCAGCUGGGAGCUUUCCUAAAGAAAUCUCCUCCUACUCCUUCAACUCUGUCACUGACGAAAGCCGAGUUCGAAAGGGCGUGCACCGAAACCUUCGCUGCAUGUGCCAAGCGUCAAGGGGUCCCAGAGGGUAAAAAGAAGGAGGGUUCUGGCCUGGCUGCAGAGUCUUCCCCUGACAAAUCCGGCUUAUCGCGCAGGUCUUCUCGCAUCCAAGGGCGAUCUUCCAUGCCUUCUGACGCUCUGCAAAUUAAGCCUCUUCAGCAAGUUCCUUUGCCUACAGAUGCCUUGGGAAAAAGAAAGGAGCGUGAGGAGUCCUCUUCCGAAGAUUCGGACAACGGGAAGUGCAUUUCGUCGAAGCUUCGGAUCCCGAAAGGCUCUGCCGCCACUCCUCAAAGAUCUGCUCUAGUAAUCCCCAAAAUUUCCCCCGGUAAAUUACCAAUAGGUCAGGCCCUCUCGUUGUGCAAAAAGCCACGGGGAUUUGCCUCUGUUGGGCAUUUACCUGGGGCAUCUUCUGUUACUCCUGCAAUUGGAUCCUUCUUGGCAACGGGCUCAGAAGGGGUGGCUCAUGUAGAGGGCGCUUCCUUUUCUCCUUCCAAAUUACCAGGAGAGGUGACUGGAGAAGGAGUGCAGGAUGGCUUACCGAUGGAGGUGAAGUCUUCUGCUAUCUGCGCGAAGCUGUCAGAGGCAUUGACCUCUGCUUCUGAUUUAGCUGUAGGGUCUGCCGUUGGCCAUAAACGUGGCUCAGAGGGGAGACGCCCUUCCUCUGCCUCUCGUAAAAACAAGCUUCUAGAGGAUGCCUUCGGGGAGGGUUUUGAAUCUGCGGAUAUCAUUCCUCUGCCAGUUGAGGCAAGUAAGGUCGUUGAGCCCGAAACUAUCCCUGGGGGCCAGGAAUCAGGGGCUGUCAAAGUAACAAGUGUUGACAGUCUUAGUGUUGACGUUUCUUCAUUGCUACCUACCGCUUCUGAGUUUCAUCCAGGAGAUGUCACUGCUGUGUCUCCGAAGGGUACUAACUCUUUUGAAUCUCCUAGCGCUUUCUUGGAGCAGCUCACGUCUUUUGCCGUGCAGACGUCAGUGUACCUCCCUAAUGAUUUGGGUGAGGAUGAUAGCUUGUUUGUACGCCCUUUGAAGACAUAUUCUUCUGGCACGGGGACAGUUGCGUUGGCGUCUGAUAGCAUUAUGGUAUCGAUGUUAGCAGAAGGUGAGAAGCCAGUUGCCCCUGUUGCUUCUGCGGCUGCAUCUGCAGGAGGAGAAGCAAGUGACAGAACAGGAGUAAUGUUGGAAUAUGGCCCUUCUGCGUCUAAUGAAGUUAUGGAGGAAAUGCUACGUAUAAGCAGACCUCAUCUACCUACGGAAGCAAUUAGAUCUUUAAGUGGACAAGGCGAUUUGUUGCAGCAAGUAUCAGACCAUAUCUGGAUGAGCUAUGUAUGUGCUUCGGCUGCAAGACGAGAGUAUGCGGCGGCUAUGCAGAAUGGAGCCAAACUGGCAGAGCAGAUGGCGAAAUUAGAAGAGGAGCGGUCAGGGAGAAAGAUGGCUGAGGCGAACCGAGAUGUGCUGGUGGAGGCCAUCAAGAGGUUAGAAACAGAGUUGGCAGAGGCGAAAAAGAGGGUGUCCGCCACUGAGGAGAAGCUGGUAAGCACUGUCGGGCUUGAAGUAGAGCGAGACAAACUGAAAGCUGACUUGGUGGAUAUGACCAAUAAGUGGAUGGAGAAAAGCCAAUUCUGCGUUCAGCAUGAAGCCCGCAUGGAGAAGCUUAGCAGUAUGAUGAGCGACCUUGAAGAAGAUAUUGUGUCGUUGCAGACUGAUAAGGAGACCUUAGAGAAGGAGAAAAAAGAGCUGGAGCAAAGGGCGAACAGUCUUGAGGCCAGCGCAGCGGAGGCCAAGAAGCAAAAUUUGGAGGCUGAUCUCCUCUUAGGGAAGAAGUUGAAAGAAGCAGAAGAGAGGGCAGCAGAGGCAGCUGUUGAAGCCACUAGGCAGCGUAUUCGAGAUCGAGAGAUCACCGAACGCAAGCUUGCGAGAGUGGCUGAGGUAGAUACCGCCAAGUAUCUAGAUUUGGUAUUACGUAAUAAGAAGCAGACCCCAGAGGAGAAAUGGGCAAAACUAGAGAUGUAUUGUAAGAACGUUGAUGUAAAGAUAGGAGAGUAUGACGUCGACAAGUAUUUUGACCGAGCUUGGGGAUUUGCAGAUUUCUUAUCCGCCGUGUCAUCUGGAGAAGUUGAAGCUGAGGGGCGAUACGCUGGGAUCGAUGUAUAAUGCCAACGGGGAAGCCGUUGAAGAUACUGUUGCCAACGUGGCUUCUGAUAAAAAAGCAUCAGGUUCUGCCUCUGUAGCUGAGGGCAAGUCAGAGGGUGAAAGAGGUGCUGUAGAAUGAACGACUCACUUUUGUUUUGUUAACUUUUGUAUAUAAAUUCUUUGGGCUCUUCAGGCCGUUAGUUUGUAAUUGAUUGUAAUAGAACACAUUGUUAAUACAAGUAGAACUUUGUUUCCUGUUAGUUGUCUUGGUGUGUGUACUGUAUGGGUUUGUUGUCGUUUAGGGCUUAAUUGAACGUGUGAUGACAGGUGUAUGUCGUAUGAUGUACUUGGAUCAGAAGCUUCAUAGAUCCUUUAGGCCUUUGCGUGCGAAAUACAGCGAAAGAUUAUACAGAUGGUGGGAGAGGAUGCCCAGUUAAGUGUUGUAUGAUUGAUCCAUCUUUGUGUUUUGGUGAUGGGUUGGGGCUGACAACAUUGUCGUUGCAGGUGAGCACCGUGAGUGGACGAAAGUUCCUUUUUUGAGGAGAAUCUUUGACAACCCACAGUGGCUUUACUCAACGUGGGCGAUGGAAGAGCUUAUCAGAAGCGGCAUCCCGUACUAUAUAUCGUGUGAACGCUAUGGGUUGGGUUAUCCGAAGCUAGAGAGUGCGAUGGCAGAGUACAUGCGUCGUAUUGAGUGGAAUUAAUUAUGGGCAAGAAAAUAGAUCAAUUAUAAAAUCAGGAGUGAAAAUCAAUCAAUGUAAUAUAACUUAUAAAUAACAACUUCUGAUUUAUUGCUA